CAUGGACAGAUAUUAUUAUUCCACAGCAUAAAAGUGGCACACGCCCAUAGGCCUUUCUACGUUAUUCAUUUCUCCCCCAAUUAUUCUCCUCCCUCCUGCAAUCCCUAAAAACGCCAUCAUCAAUCACCAUCAUCAUCCAUCCCUCAAUUUGCCUGAAUUACAGAACAACCUUAUCUCAUUUUUGUACACUUCUUUAAUCCACUAUGCCUAUAACAGGUCCUCAUUCUUCAGCUCUCUUACGCAGAGCUUUUAGGUCAUCAUCAUCUUCCACCGCCACCAGGCUCCACUCUACCAUCGCCAGAACGCAACCGUCUCCGAUCGCCUCGCAGUGCCGAUCGUACAACGGUGUUUCCUCCGCUUUCCGUAACGUUAGAUCGUCUAUUCCACGGUGGAGUCACGGUGUUGAUUGGAAGUCUCCGGCGACUCUUACGUCGCAGAUCAGGACCGCCGCGUCUCCUGUGCUUGAGCGGUUUCACCGAACCCUAGCUACUAUGGCUUCCCAGAAUGCUUUCAGUGGAAUUCUAACUGGUCUUCCCAAGCCUGGAGGCGGGGAGUUCGGAAAGUUUUAUAGUUUGCCUGCUCUGAAUGAUCCAAGAAUAGACAAGCUGCCUUAUUCCAUUAGGAUUCUUCUAGAAUCUGCAAUCCGUAACUGUGACAAUUUCCAAGUUACGAAGGAAGAUGUCGAGAAGAUUAUUGAUUGGGAAAAGACUGCUCCAAAGCAAGUUGAGAUUCCAUUCAAGCCAGCUCGUGUUCUCUUGCAGGAUUUUACUGGUGUUCCAGCUGUUGUUGACCUUGCAUGUAUGCGUGAUGCCAUGAAUAAUCUAGGUGGCGACUCUGACAAGAUUAAUCCUUUGGUUCCAGUGGAUCUUGUGAUUGACCAUUCAGUUCAAGUUGAUGUUGCCAGGUCAGAAAAUGCAGUACAAGCAAAUAUGGAAUUUGAAUUCCAAAGAAACAAGGAGAGAUUUGCUUUCCUUAAGUGGGGAUCAAAAGCGUUUCAUAACAUGCUUGUUGUUCCACCAGGAUCUGGUAUCGUGCACCAGGUUAAUCUCGAAUACUUGGGUCGGGUUGUUUUCAACACUGAUGGAGUGCUCUAUCCCGACAGUGUUGUGGGAACUGAUUCCCACACUACCAUGAUUGAUGGGUUAGGUGUUGCUGGUUGGGGUGUCGGAGGAAUCGAAGCUGAGGCAGCAAUGCUUGGGCAGCCAAUGAGUAUGGUUCUACCUGGCGUUGUUGGCUUCAAGUUAUCAGGAAAAUUGCGUGAUGGUGUAACAGCAACUGAUUUGGUUUUAACUGUCACCCAAAUGUUAAGGAAGCAUGGUGUGGUUGGAAAAUUUGUUGAAUUCCAUGGUGAGGGUGUGGGUAAAAUAUCUCUGGCUGACAGGGCAACUAUCGCCAACAUGUCACCUGAGUAUGGUGCAACAAUGGGGUUCUUCCCGGUUGAUAAUGUCACUCUUCAGUAUCUAAGAUUAACUGGACGAAGUGAUGAUACUGUUGCAAUGAUAGAAGCAUAUUUAAGGGCAAACAACAUGUUUGUUGAUUAUAAUGAGCCACAAGUAGAAAGAGUAUACUCAUCCUACUUGGAGUUGGACCUUUCAGACGUGGAACCUUGUAUAUCCGGGCCAAAGAGGCCUCAUGAUCGGGUUCCUUUGAAAGAAAUGAAAGCUGAUUGGCAUUCUUGCCUUGACAACAAAGUGGGAUUCAAGGGAUUUGCUGUACCGAAAGAUUCUCAAGAUAAAGUCGCGAAAUUUUCAUUUCAUGGAGAGCCAGCAGAACUCAGGCAUGGCAGUCUCGUAAUUGCCGCAAUUACAAGCUGCACAAAUACAUCAAACCCUAGUGUUAUGCUUGGGGCAGGUCUUGUUGCUAAAAAGGCUUGCGAAUUGGGCCUAAAGGUCAAACCAUGGAUUAAAACAAGUCUUGCUCCAGGCUCUGGAGUAGUUACAAAAUACUUGCUCAAAAGUGGGUUGCAGAAGUAUUUGGAUGAGCAAGGGUUUAACAUCGUCGGUUAUGGCUGCACAACAUGUAUUGGUAAUUCAGGUGAACUGGAUGAAACAGUUGGUGCUGCAAUAUCUGAAAACGAUAUAAUCGCCUCUGCUGUUCUCUCCGGGAACCGUAACUUUGAGGGGCGUGUUCAUCCCUUGACAAGAGCAAACUAUCUUGCAUCGCCUCCUUUGGUUGUUGCCUAUGCACUUGCAGGCACAGUUGAUAUUGAUUUCGAGAAGGAACCAAUCGGAGUUGGAAAAGAUGGGAAGGAUGUUUAUUUCAGGGAUAUCUGGCCAAGCAACCAAGAAAUUGCUGAUGCCGUUCAAUCAAGUGUUUUACCCGACAUGUUUAAGAGCACUUACGAAGCUAUCACUAAAGGAAAUCCCAUGUGGAACAACUUAGGAGUCGAAGAAUCCAAGCUAUACUCAUGGGACUCAAAAUCUACUUACAUUCACGAGCCACCAUAUUUCAAAAACAUGACAAUGGACCCACCUGGGGCCCACGGUGUGAAGGACGCCUACUGCUUGCUAAACUUUGGUGACAGUAUUACAACCGAUCACAUAUCACCUGCAGGAAGUAUUCAGAAAGACAGCCCAGCUGCAAAAUACCUUCUUGAACGCGGGGUUGACCGCAAAGACUUUAAUUCUUAUGGUAGUCGAAGAGGUAACGAUGAAAUCAUGGCUAGGGGUACUUUUGCCAAUAUCCGCAUUGUUAAUAAGCUCUUAAACGGAGAAGUUGGCCCAAAGACUGUUCAUAUUCCAACUGGAGAGAAAUUAUCCGUAUUUGAUGCAGCAUCGAGAUACAAGGCUGCUGGUCAGGAUACUAUUGUUUUGGCUGGAGCUGAGUACGGUAGUGGCAGCUCUAGAGAUUGGGCUGCCAAAGGCCCUAUGUUGCUGGGAGUUAAAGCAGUGAUUGCUAAAAGCUUUGAGAGGAUCCAUCGCAGUAAUCUAGUGGGAAUGGGUAUCAUUCCUCUUUGUUUCAAGGCUGGUGAAGAUGCAGACACACUAGGGUUGACUGGUCAUGAACGGUAUAACAUUGACCUCCCAAACAAUAUCAAUGAAAUCCGGCCUGGUCAAGAUGUCACUGUCACCACCGAUAAUGGAAAGUCGUUCACAUGCACCGCCCGCUUUGACACAGAGGUGGAAUUGGCAUAUUUCAACCAUGGUGGCAUUCUUCCAUAUGUCAUUCGACAACUGACUACACAGAAAUGAUGUAGAUCUGCAGGAUUGUCAUCAGCCGAUGCUUUUUUGAUUGCUUAAUUUGAGUAAAGUUUAAAAAUAAAGAGUUCUUCACGACAGUUAAAAGUGUGAUUUUCAGAUUACACGAUAGUCAACAGACGUUUUGGAAUAACUUGUCGGUAUAUCACACCCUCCUCUGAGGCGGGCCUUUUAUUUAUUUAAUUGUUUACGUACAUGUGGCUAUUGGAUAGCCAUUCGAGAUCAUGUAUCUAAACUCUUGAUUGAUGCAAAGAAAGUUGAAGAAGUUUAAGCUU